UGAGGCACAUCACAUUCUGAAGUGCGUGGUUUCAGUUUCUUGUAGAGGCUACGAAGCAGAUAUUUGGAUCAGAAAAGCGUGGAGACAUUUUUAUUUCUGUUGAUGAGAAACAGUGUGAUGCCAAAGGAGCUGAUGCUGAUGAUGGAAAAGUCCCAGAGUGGGCAAAGGUGCUGGAGCCAGUACGGAAGCUCCCUACAAAUGUGGGGGCUCGAAUUAGAAAAUGUGUCAAUGAGGCUUUGGAAAAAGAUCCACCUGAAUGGGCAAGGAAAAUAUUGGUGCACUCGAUUAGUAAGGAAGUUUACAAGGGAAAUGCAUCAGGACCAACCAAGAGAGCAGUAAUUUCUCUCCUGGGUGAAGUUAACAGUGGAAAUACAUUGUCCAAACCUGAGAAGAAAGAAACGAUAAAGAGUUCUAGCUCUGUUUCCGAUAUCAUUAUGAAACAGUGCCGAAUUAUAAUACGGCGAGCUGUUAAAGAGGAUAAAGACAAAGUUUUCUGCAAUCUCUCGGGAAGAACAGUUCUGAGCCAUAAUGAUAAGGACAAUGAGGGACUUCUUGGGCAUCCGGCAAUGGUAUCUCGGCCUUUAGACUUCAGGACAAUCGAUGUGAAGUUGGCUGCUGGAUCCUAUGGGGGAUCACAUGAAUCUUUCAUCGAUGAAGUGCGGGAGGUUUUGCAUAAUAUACGGACCGCGUACAGCAACAAGUCCGAUUUGCUUGAGUUGGCUGGAUCCUUGUUGCAGAAAUUUGAGGAAGAUUAUGAAAAAGAGGUUCUUCCCCUAGUCCAGAAAAUUGAGUGUUCAAACGACAGCAGUUUAAGUAGUGAAGCUGCAAAAGCAAGAGAUGGACUCUUAGCUCAUGUGAAUGAGAGCUCACUUCCUAAAGCUCCUUGGGAGGAAGGUAUCUGUAAAGCGUGUGGUAUGGAUAAAGAUGACGUCAAUGUUCUUCUUUGUGAUAAAUGUGAUUCGGAGUACCAUACGUAUUGCUUAGAUCCUCCACUUGUUAAAGUUCCUAUUGAUUCGUGGUAUUGCCCAGAUUGUGAAGCCAAGAUGUCACAUUCCCAGCAUCCAUCUUCUGGUUCUCAUAUUAUUCGUAAAUGCAUUAAAAGGAGGCCUCACAGAAAACUAACUCACAAGUUCACGGAAAAACUUUCUCAACUAACAAGCACCAUGGAGUUAAAGGAGUAUUGGGAGCUUCCACUGGAGGAUGUACGUUCUUAAACCUUCUUCUAUAUUUUCUAUGUUGACGUCACAAGGUUAGGUCUAUGUUAGCCUGUUUGCUGUUGGAAGAUGUAUGAAAUAAUAUUGGUUUUUUGGGACUUUACCUUAAUCAAAAAAAGAAAAUAAUAUUGGUUUUUUGGGAUAAGGGUUACUGUGUAUUCACAAAAAACUCAUCAUCUAAAAAUGAUGAGAGUGAUCACUUGCAACCCCAAAAGGGCGAAGACAAAAACCAUAGACACUAAGCUAUGUAACUUUACAAUUUCCUUGUGGAAUCAACAAACAGUUCUAUCUCCCCCAGCAUAUUUUGUUUACACCAAAAAUAGAGAAGGCAAGGCAGUUUAUUCUAUUUUUCUGAAUAUUGCUACUUUUGUCUUCAAAGCAUCUCUUGCAUUUCUUUCCUUCCACAAGGUCCACCAAAUGCAUGCUGGGAUCAUUUCCAACCAGUCUUCCUCUGGCCCUCUUCUUCAAUACCUUUCCAACCGUGUAGCAUCUCCUUGGUGGUCUUUGGUGCUACCCGGCAAACUCCCAGAAUAUACGAGAACAUGUUCCACAGAUUUGCAGCUGUUUUGCAAUGCAUAAACAAAUGACUAUUGACUUCUGCAUCCUGCUCAGACAUAAAACACACUGAGCAAAUCUGUCCACCUUUUCUUUGUUAUACUUCACGAGUUAAUUGCUCUUUUGCACACCAACCAAAUAAACCUGAAACUUCCAAUGGGACUUUAACCUUCCAAAUUAGCUUCCAAGGCCAGGUUGUGGUCUGUAUCCGAGUAAUAUUACUCGUCCAGUAGCAAGGCUUAAAUGUAAAAGCACCUUUACUGUUUAUCUUCCAUAUUGCUCUGUCAGGUUGAUUGGAAGUACUGUUAAAGGAUUUAGCACUAGUAAAAGGCUUGCCGCUAUGUCAAUCUCUCAGUCAUUGAGAGCUCUUCUGAAGUCCAAGUUCCAACCCUGUGGACUCCACACCUGGGAAACUGUGGCCCUGUUUUGCUGACAGAGUGAAUAUAUCUGGAAAAAAGAGUUUUUAGGCACUCCUCUCCUAUCCAGUGUUCAUUCCAAAAUUCUGUUUUCAUGCCAUUGCCCACUUUAAGAGAGAUGUUACUGUUAAACUAGGGCCACAAUCUUCUUAUAGUUUUCCACACACUACAUCCAAAAGUUCCCAAAAUAUCUUCAGUGUUGCAAUGGCUUAGAAGACCAUAUUUAUGCGAAGCUGGAACAAUCAAAACUUAGAUAUAUUAAUAAAUUGAUUUCCAGGCCACAAAGGGGUUCUGUCCUCAAAUUCUUGGAAUAAAACAGAGGAAAAAAAAG